AUGCGGUUCACAGAAUCACUUAUGGCGGUCGUCCUCGCUGGAGGAGCUGUUGCUGCUCCGUCUUUGCAUAUCAUGCCUCGAGCUGACGAGAAGAUUGAGCCCGUAAACAUAGACCCGAAGCGGUUCGACGGAAUGCCAAGUGUUACCUUAGAACCCUAUAAGACUCCCGCCCUCGCUAAGAGAAGAGAGGACAAGUUUGAGUUGAAGGAUGAUAUCACUCUUUGGUGGAAGAAAGACGGUUUUUCCGCCAUGCUUAGCGGUAAGUACGACGGUGCGCACGAGAAGGUUAUCAACAUGGACAUCUUCGGCGACGAGUUAGAGGCAGUCGACUGCACUCCGCCAGAAGUCUUCCUUGACUUCAAGGCCAGGGAGGCCUUUGAAGCUGCUCAACAGAAGUGGGGCUGGGUUGAUGAGAAAAAAGAGCACCACUUUGUCCUGGUCAUGAACCAUCCCAAGUGCGGGCCCGAGAAUCAGCGCAAGGCCUACAACGUCACUAGCAAAAUCCGCAUCGAGAAUAAACAGGUGUCGAACCUGCAGCGCCGCAUAGCCGCUCUAGAAUCCCGACAGAGAGUAGGAACUGGCGUAUCUCUCAACUUAGACAAAUCAAUGAACCUGUUCCAUGACGCAACAACGAGCCUUGACUGCCACGUCACUAGCACCGGCCACCUGGGCGCGGCCAUUGAGGUCGAUUGGAGGUGGUGGGGGAAGCCGUACACGGCCUUUUUGGAGUUCUUUGUCGACGAUGUCGGACUGCAAAUGGACGUCACGUUAAGCGGCGAGGCGGGCUUCAAGCAUGGCGACCACCUCGAAUUGUUAAGGACUCUUUUCGGCGUUGAGAUUCCCCAUAUCGCGCAAUUUGGAGUCGGCCCCGCGAUCGGCGUCGGCUACGACGUCAGCCUCACGGCCGCUGGAAAAGUCAAAUGGGGCGCUUUGGCCCGGAAUUCCGGCCAGGCUUACAAUAAGAUCUGCUUAUGGGGGUGCGACCAUAAAUCGAAUGGCUGGGACAUAAAGACUGAAAUGAUUAGCCCCACCGUGAAGGGCUCCGUCGACGCCACAGCCGAUGUGUACGGAUACCUUGCCAUCCACGCGAUAGCGUCCGUGCUCGGGUGGGGCUACGAGGUAGGCGUGGCGGUUCAGGCCCCUGAGCUAAAAGGCGACCUUGACGUCAAGAUCGGCGCGAACGCCUGCGACAAUCCGAACUACCAAAUCGGCCUACACGAGAAACUGGAUGUCAGUCUAGAUGUGUAUGGGUACGCGGGCACAAGUCCCAUUAAUCCACAGCACAAGUGGGACAUUUGGAACCCGCACGCCACCAUAAGCGACAAGUGCUGGGGCUGGACUUCACCAGAAGUGGCCUCCCUCGGGCUGAGCUAG